UUAAAUUGUUUUCGCUCUUCAGGAGGACUGGGUCUGGGUGGAGUGGAGUUGUGGCCUCAGUCAAUAGUGGAGGUAUUCCUGUUAAGGUCAAAAUGGGUCAAACUUCAUCAAGUGGGGUUAAGGCGCACAUGGAAACAGCUCAGAAGACUGGCAUAUUGGUUUUAUCUAAUCGAAAACUGACAGAGAUGCCAGACUUGUCCACCAUAAGUAAGGUUGUUCGCACUCUGGACCUCUCUAUGAACAAGUUGACGGGAUUACCAUCAUCUGUAUGUGAUCUGUCUAACCUCAAACACCUAAAUCUAAAUGGAAACAAAAUAAGUAGUCUGCCAGAUGAGACAGGAAGACUGACAAAGUUGGAGUCCAUCUCAUUGGUGUCAAACCUCAUUGUUACCCUGCCAGCAUCAAUGUCUGAUCUAAAGCAUCUAAAAUCUGUUAUACUCAGUGACAACAAGCUGACCGAAUUUCCAGUAGUAUUGUGUGGACUCCCCCAAUUGGAUGUGUUAGAUUUGAGUGGUAACCAUAUUACUGCUGUGCCUGAUGGUAUAGAGGAACUACAAGCUGUGGAACUAAACCUGAAUAUGAAUCAGAUAUCUGCAAUAUCUCCUACUGUAGCCUCAUGUCCCCGACUAAAAACUCUACGUUUGGAGGAGAAUUGCCUUGCAAUAUCCAGUAUACCUCAAGAACUACUGGUAGAUUCUCAAGUAUCACUCGUGUGUGUGGAUGGCAACUUAUUCAAGAUGAAAGAAUUUGAAGAAAUUGAAGGAUACUCCAAGUAUAUGGAGAGGUACACAGCAGUUAAAAAGAAGAUGUUUUAAACCAGUCCUUUAUAAUACGAUAAUGCUGAGUGUGACAAACUCCACUUUGAAAAGACUACAGUGGUUUCGAACAAGAAUUAAAGAAGUGACCUGAAGAGGAAAUUGGAGGUACAGUACACAGCAGUUACAGUGAUUUAAAAGUUUAAAAGAAAGUCCUGUUCAAAACAAGUGAUAAAAACAUUACUGCAAAGCACUUGUGUUGAAAUCUAAGUAAAAACAACAACAAUGUACAGUACCUAAAUGUAAGAAUAUUUGAUGUAAAAAUGUUGCUUUUCAAAGGCAUUGUGACUUAUGUACAGGAUAUAAACAAGAUACAAUGAUGGGAAAAUAUUUCCAUUUCUGAGGAGGUAAGUUUAGAAAUUUUGAAUUCUGACAAUGAGAGUCUGUCAGAAGGAAGUGAAUUAUUUUUUUGGUAAUAUAAUUACAGCACUUUACAUGCUGUUUAUAAUCAUUCUUACUACUGGUAAUUGUUAAAGGUCACCAUACAUUGUCCAUUAGUUAUUAAUUUCCCCCAUCUAUACAACAAAAUAUGAAUUGCUUAAUGUGAUAACUUUUUUUAUCAUUGACAUUAUAUUCUAGAUACUGUAUACUGUAGUAUGCUUCUGGUCGUGCCUCCCCUCCUUCCCAGAUGGUCUCCAGGGGCCGUGUCAGGAUACUCCUCAUUGCCAUUAGCACUUAUCUGUGAUCUGUUACCAGUGCUCUACAGUGUGAGAGCCAUUGUCAACACUCCAUGAUUGCUGUUACAGUACUAUGGUUGUCAGAUAACUGGAUUUUCAUCUUACGGUAUUACUGGUGUUUACCUUAUCUAACAUGAUAUUAUGUCCCUACUACUGGUACACGUAAGUGCCAACAUGACCUAAUUUCCUAAUUUUUUGGUCCAGUUAUCAAGCUAACAAAAUAUUUGAGCAAACUUAUUAUUUCCAAAUCAAGAUCAACUCUCAACUUUUAUUGUAUGUGGAUCAGUUUUGACUUUAUGGUAAAUCUUGAUUAAAAUUUAUAAUUCUUGUAUCAUCUGAUAUAUCAACUAAAUAUUGUUCUUUUUAGUGUCCAUUGUAACUAAGACCGCUUAGUGUAUACGAUUGAUAGUUAAUUGUAUUGUGCUGCUACAGGCAUAUUCAGAUACCUUUACAUUUUUUUUUAAUAUUUAAUAAAAAAAAUUCUUCAGGUGAGAGUUUAUUGAAAAAUUUUAAUGUUACAAAAGGGGUAGAAAAUUUGAUUUUUUUUAAAGUCUUGGUUCAAAUGUACUAAGCUACAUCGUGCUAAACAAGAAGACUAUAAUCUGUUCACUGAAAGCUUUCAACUGAGACCUAGGGUCAGUUUGUAAUAAGGUACUGUAGUUGAUUGGUUGGCAAAAGAAUAUCAAAAGAAUCACUUCAUUUCUUCAGGUUUUAUUCUUUUGUACAGUAUUAAGGGAUAAAAACUUUUGUGUUCUCUGAUAAUUUCUGCAGUGGGGAAGCAAAAUUUAGAAUGUGAAACACACUGGUAACAUAAAUACCUUGAUGAAAACAAGAACAAAAAUACAAAUUUUCAGCGACGUCCUUCACCACACUGAUAUCACACGGUGAGGAGGAGUUUACAUCCUUGAAUUUGUUCAUCAUGUUCGAGUUGUCUUUGUGAUAUUUUUAUGACAGUACUAUUUCAUUUCACAUGCUAAUUUUGCUUCCCCAAGUGUGGAUAUUAUCAGAUAUCAACAUAAAAAGGUUAUCAUUUUUAAAAUAUCCUAAUAUAAAUACGAUAGAUUAAAUACUAAAGAACUGUAGUGACCCCUUGUGUGUCAGUCUGCCAACCAAUCAGCGUUGCUACAAACUGACCCGAGGCCUCAUUUGUAAGCUUUGAGUGAACAGACUAUAGAUGGUCAAGUGAACUUUAACACAAGUAAAAAUUAUUUUAAAUGCACUGAUGUAGUCACUCAAAAAAUCUACCUUUACAAAAUUGUGUUGAGAAAAUAUAUCGUAUCGGAUGAAAGAUUUUGACAACCCUACCGAGACAACAGGAGUCGCAGUGUUCAUUCUGAAAUUCAUCGACCCCCCCCCCAAAUAAAGGUAGAUUAUUGAGUGAUUGUACAUUUGUAAAGUAAAGUAUAUUUCUCCAGUUAUAAAGUUGCCUGUCAAAUUGUUAGACAGAGACAUACGAUAGUAAGAUACGUAUUGGUAGUGCGAGUCCAGCAUGUUGGUAAUCAGAUUUUUAUUUGGUCAUGAGUUAUAAGAUGGUGGAGCUGUUGUUGGGUCACCUCUAUCUUAUUAAGACCAUACUCAUAAUAGUCAGUUAAUUUUAGUGUACAGUACAGUAUACCAAAGUAGUUAAGUAAAAGAGGAGUAGACAGUAGCACACACAAAGUUUUUUGCUGAAUGUUUAGAUAGAAGACACAAAAGAGGUUUUAAAGUGCUGGGGAUCAAGGGGGCCAAGGAGUAGCUGUGUACUGUAAAUCAUUAAACUAUCAGUACAAACUACAGUGACAGAGAUGAAAUAAUGUUGAGUUAAUAAGUGUAUUUAAUUCAUCAUCCGGGUAUAUACUGUACUUCCUUUAUCACAUUUUCUCAGUCUUUUAUGUUUUUGUUACGUAGGUUUCACUGAAACAAAGUUUCUUUGUCAUACUAGUGAAUUCUUUUUCAGUACAGUAAUGUUGGAUUACAGCCGAUUCAUAGUUUUGGGAGGUAACAAAUCUCUCUUCCCCCUUUUAUUCCAUAUACAGUAUUAUUUUCAACUCCUCUCCCUUGAUUUUUUCAUGGGAGUACAGUAGCUAAAACAACUACGUACGUAUCUGUGCAUACUUUAUGGGAAAGAAUAUGAGACCAUGGACGAUAAAUUUUGGUAUAUGAGGGCUGUCACUAGUAAAUUUCGGAGCAAAUCGACCCCCACCUGCACAGAUAGUUGUUUUAGCAACUGUACAUCAUAAAUCACUCUGCAGUCAUACAUAGAGAAUUCAGUUACAGUAUUUCAUCACUAUUUCCAUACUACUGUAGUUUUCACAUUGUACCUGUUACAUUUGUAAGCUAUGGAGUGAUGUCUCCUACCUUAAGGACUUAGUGAAUAGAGUCACGUUCAUACUCGUGGAGGCUCCUAAUGUCAGUAGUAAAACUCUUGGCAAGGAUUAUUUAUUCACAUAUACUAUAACGAGUAUAUUCUUUCCUAUAUGAUAGUUUGUUAUAAUAUUAGCGCCUUCACUAUCAGAUACCACUUUUUAAUAUUUUAUUUGGCUAUUGCCAGAUGAUUUUAUUCAGCACAGACAGACCCCUCAUAUCCAAGGGGUUAAAGUUACCUUAUGCAGUUAAGUGUGCAAUUACUCUGGUGGCAGCACUCUAGAUUCAACCCAUGAGUGCUUGGGAAUAUCGGUUUGCCACUUGUUGGCCAAUAGCCACAUGAAUGCCCUGGGCUACACUAACCUUUCUCACCUGGGAUUGGCACCCCAUGAAGUGUGGGAAAUUGCAAGAAGGAUUUUUUUUUUUUAUUUACCGUACCCUUUUAUAUUUAAUAUUCUAUAUGCCCUUUUCCACUUCUCUAAUUGGUCAAGUUUAAAAAUGGACUAACUCCCCUGUACUGUGUUUUGGGCCUUUAUAAGAAAAAACAAAAAAAAAGAUUGCUCUGUGAAUGCAGUGGUUUGUAGUUUAAAAAGGCCAACUCAAUGUGGUCUGUGGAUCAAAUCUCUAAUCACCGAAUGACCAUACCUGUAGAUUCAAAUUCAGUUAUGGUGUUGCUAUGGUAUCCUAUUUGUCAAUGACUGCCUAUUGGAUCAAAUCUUUAGUCCAAGAGAUCACAGAAUUGAAUCUCUUAUCCCAGUUAUCAUAGGAAUGAAUCUGACAGCCAUCAAGAGUGAAUCUCUUAUCCCAUUGUGGUUAAAAGACCAAAUUUUCCAUCCUAGUGUGAUAAUAGUUAUAAUGAUCCUUGUGUUCUCCCAAGAUGAAAUUUACCGUAAAUAUUAUGGGAUGUGUUAGCCCAGUGGUACCCAUGCAACAUGCUGCCUCUUGUCAUGUUUAUAAAGCAAAUAAAGUUUCUAAAUAUUA